CAGGAAUUGAGAAUAAAAAAAACAAACAAACAUUAAGGAUUAAUUUUCAAAUUGUUCCCCCCAACAAUAGUGAAGGGCAGGAAGACGACCCAACCAGACGCGACCAGAUUCUCUUCUUCGCACUCGGAGUAGGCCAAUUACGACACAGCCACCCCCUCCCCCCCCACCACCCUGCCACACGCUUCAUCAACUGGACACAACAGCAACAGGUGUUGGUAGAUCCAGCAGGUAGCAUCAUCAUUUGCGGUUUUCAUCGCCGGGGCGGGCCUGGGCCGGCGGCAAACGGGAAAUCGGAAACAUGUUCUUCUUCGUCUUCGUCUUUGGCUUUGGCCUCCACCGCGGGCUGCUGCCACUUGCCGCCGUUAUCGGCCUGCUGCAUCUGCCGCAAUUUGUGUGUCAUGCUAGCUGGGCAACCAGAACGACGCUAACCGCUGCCACCACUGCCACUUCCACAUCUACAUCCACAUCCACUGACACCUUCCCAACCCCAGCUCCAACCCUAGCUCCAUCUCCAGUCGCAUCUAUGCAAAUCCAGCGGCUGCAAGUGAACUGCAGUAGGGAAAUGCUGGAUAUGCAGCUGCUGCUGAGCCGACCAUUUCGCGGCCUGCUCUAUGCCAAGGACUUCCCGCUGGAGUGCCGUUCCCGCGGCAAAGACUCCACGCACCUGCAGCUGCGCAUCCCCACCUCCGGCUGUGGCGUACGUGCCGAUCCGCUGGCCGACGGCGGCAUAGAGUACACGGUGAGGGUGAUGCUCCAGAUGGAGCAAAAGCUGCGCCAAAGCACGGACAUCCUCAGCUCGGUUAGGUGUCAGCUGCCGGCCAAGGCCAUGGGCAUGCCGCUGCCGCUGCCCGCAGCAACAGCUCUGCGCACGGACAGUGGCCGGGAGAGGAAUGCAAGAAUGCGUGCCUUGGCUGCUGCGUCUGUCAUCCAUCCGGCCUCCCUCCACGGCCCCUUCUACAGCGCCUCAGCAUAAUAUCAUCAUCAUCAUCAUCAUCACAGUCAUCAUAUGGACACGCCGCGCGUUCGCAUUUGGCUGGAAUUGGGCGGUCCCAAUGGCACUGGCUCUGUGGAAGUGGGCGUGCCCACCACCCUAACCGUACGCGCCAUAGUGCCCGGCACAAUCGGGGUCCGUGUGGUGGAUUGUGCGGCACUCGAUGGACUGGGAGAGUCCACGCAGCAGCUGCUCGAUGCACGCGGCUGUCCCAUUGACGAGCAGGUAAUGCCCGCUCUGCACACACACCACAAGCCCGCAGAGGAGGGCUGGUCAAAGCAGCAGGAGGAAGAUCUGGUCGAGCGAACGUUUGCGGCCACAUUUCCCGCCUUCAAGUUUCCCGAUCGCGAGCGCCUUCAUGUUAGCUGUGGCGUGCAGCUAUGCAAGGGGAAGUGUCCGAAUUUGAAUUGUCGCCUCGCCGAGCAGCAGCAGCAGCAGCUGCAGCUGAGUGCCGACCAGCACCUGGCACGCAUUGAGGUGUUCAACUCGCUGGCCGUGACUGCGCCGCAAAUCGAAGUGGAUCGCCUGCGCUACGACCGGCGGUACAACAUGAGCGUGGAGGACUAUCCACCCCAUGUGCGACCCCUGCCGGGCGAGGGCACUCUCUGUCUGUCCAUCUCGAAGCUGGCCAUUUCCUUCUGUAUUCUGGGAUUGAUCUUUCUGGUGGCCGUCAUUGUGGCCAUCUUUUCACUGAUACGAACUCGUCGCCGAGAGCGUCGUCAUGGCGCUCGAUUGGGAUUUGGCUUGGGACUGGGACUGGGCAGUGGCACUGGCACUGGCACGGGUACGGGCAUGGCCGGAACGAGCACGUCGAACAGCAGCAGCCGCCUACAUCGGGAUCGUGCCGAUAUCUGUACAUCAAUGUUCUCCUCGAGCAGCGAAUCGGCCCAGUCCCAGCCCCGCUUUGGGGGCAAGUUCUUAAUGCCGUAUUAUCCCAAUGCACUGCCCUAUGGACGUGUCUAUUAGUUUGUUCUAGAAUCUAGAUUAUGUUACGCUUCCCAUAGACUGAUGUGGCGUUAAUCUUCAAAUUCGUCUAACGAGUAACGUACCAAAUUAAGUCUCAACUUUAAAACACUUAAAACCGUCUACAGUUAGUGGAAAAGACCUUGAAAGCGUUUUCUGAUUAAGCCUAAAAUGUAUUUUGAUGUCUUUUCGUUGCCAUAAUAUUAAGAACCUUCAUUUAAUUAGCCUUUAAAUAAUUGAAUAAAAUUAAAUUUGAUUUUCGA